ACGUCGGCAGACUCGGCACGUGUAGCGGGUCUGAUCUAGCAUCUACCUCGUUGGGUGGGUUAGGUUAAGGAAAGGAUGCUUUGGGGUUAAAUCCUGGUCAAAAUAGACCUUUUCUGGCAAGAAAUUUGCCCUGAAGGCUAUCUUCCAUGUGCGUGACUAGACUCCAUUAUGUAACAUGUAAGACUGACUGGGUCCUACGGGACUGUGGGGAACCAGUAAAGAGCCACUGAAGAACUGGGACCGCAACCAGUGAGAGUCCUGUGAUGUUUUUCAGGCUGACCAUGUGGGAGAAAACGUUUCUGCUGCUGCUUCACUGUGUGGAAGCUGUCGUUGCGUCUCAGUGCUGGCAGGGGGCGACCUUCUCCGAGGCGGUGGUGUCUCCGGCGGUGGAGAGCAGCGGUAUCCUGCGGGUCCCCGGCGUGUCGUCUCUGCCGCAGUGCGUGGCGGCGUGCUGCGACCUGCCGGGUUACGACCUGGCCUGGAUGUUCGAGGGCCGCUGCUACAUCCUGAGCUGCCAGCAGAGGGAGAGCUGCCAGCCCCGAAAGAGACCCGGCGCCGAAUCCUUCCUCGCCUUCCUGCGGAGAGAGUCGCCGCAGACGCUGGUGCUGCAGUCUCUGGUGAGGGGAGAGCCGUACGCCAGCCGCUGGAGGUCCCUCUUGCGGCCCUCCGAGGCCCCCGGAGACCUGGAGGCCCUGAAGGACCUCGCCCUGUUCGACGGGCCCCGGCAGGACUUUUCCGAUCCAGGCAUGCUGGAUUUGGAGUAUCCAGAGGGGAGCCAGAAGGAGGCUGUGAUGACGACCAUUCAGCCGCCCUUAAAGGGAAGAGACGGGUACAACCAAUCAGAGGCAGAGGAUAGUCCAGAGAGGGGGCUGACAGAGAGCAGCGUGGCCCAGAAUAGAGCCUCCUCUGUGGGGAACAUCAGUCAGGGAGACGAGGGCAAAACCGGGAGACCAACUGAUCCUGCUGCUGCAGAGCACACAACCGAGCCACAAGGCGGCGCUGAUGCCACAUCACUGACACUCUCACUGCUACAGAAACCAACAGCUGUCUCCACCCAACAACACCAUAUAAGGACUUCCCUUCCCACCCCUGCCACGCCCCAUUGGCCCACCAGCACGCCCACACAGCCAGGCCCGCCCAUGCACACUCACCAACCCUCCAACCGUGACCACGCCCACCGCUACGCCCACCGCGCAGAGUCCGAAUCAGAGGCCGGAGGGUCAAACCGUGGCCCAGUGGCCGUCGUGGGUCCUGACAGGAAGUUGCUUCUCCCGGUGAGCAACUUGUCACUCGACGGCAGCGGAAGCAGCGGCGACCGCGGCAUCGCCAGCUACCACUGGGACGCCAUCAGCGGCCCGCUGGGUUUAAAGCUGGAGGGAGCAGACCAGGCGGUAGCCAUGGCGACAGGCCUUCGGGUUGGACGCUACACCUUCAGACUGACUGUGUGUGACCGGCAGGGGGCGACAGACAGCGCCACGCUGACUGUCAGGGUGCAGGAAGCCCUAAGUCUUCCUCCUGUCGCUCACGCCAGCGGCAGCCACACUCUCUCUCUGCCCAACAACUCUCUGGUGCUCCGGGGCUCCAUAACCAACGGAGACCAGGCCGAGGUGCGCUACCUGUGGGUCCGAGACAACCAGAGUCCUGCUGCCGGGGACGUGCUGUACGGCUCAGAGACUCAGGCCUCCCUGUACCUGGCCAACCUGGUGGAGGGCACCUACCUGUUCCAGCUUAGGGUGACCGACGCUCAGGGGCGCUCCAGCUCCGCCACCGGCACCGUGGAGGUCCGGCCAGUGCCGGAUGGAGGCGACGCGGUGGAGCUGGAGAUGCUGGUGGCGGUGUCCCAGGUCAGCGUGGCUCAGAGGGACACGGUGGUCCGACAGCUCGCCGCGCUGCUGCACGUCCUCGACGGCGACAUCCAGGUCCAAGCGCUGCUGGGACACUCGCACCUCAGCACGGUGCUGCGGUUCUCGGUGCGGGGCCCCUCUGGGCCGACCCCCGGCUCCAGGCUGGUGGGUCUGCUGAGGAACCAGCUGCUCCGAGAGAAGAGCGACUACCUGCUGUUCAGAGUGCUGAGAGUCGACACCGUCCUGUGUUUGCUCCGCUGUUCGGGCCAUGGUCAGUGUGAUCCAAUCACCAAGCAGUGUGCAUGCGACCCCUUCUGGACGGAGAACCUGAUUCGUCGUUACCUAGGCGACGGAGAGAGCAACUGUGAGUGGAGGGUGCUGUAUGUCAUCCUGACCAGCUUCAUGCUCGUGGUCUUCAUCCUGUCCGUCAGCUGGACCGUCAUCUGCUGCUGCAAGAGGAGGAGACAGAACAAAGUGAGGAAGAAAACCAAAUACACCAUCCUGGACAACAUGGACGAACAGGAGCGGGUGGAGCUCAGACCCAAAUUCAGUAUCAAACACCGCAGCACAGAUCACAACUCCAGCCUGAUGAUGUCAGAGUCGGAGCUGGACAGCGACCAGGACACCAUCUUCAGCCGGGACCGACCCGUCCGCAGCAGGAACCGGACCAGCGGCCAGGCUGCCCGUAACGGCAACGCCUUCGGCUGACGGGGCCAGCCGACCUCCCGGUGACGCAGGCGGGACUCCUCUGGGACGUUUGCACUCUGGCAGCCUCAAGUGGUAGCGAACGUUUUCACUUGAAGGACUCCCAUUUCUGUGAGAGUCAGUAAGAUGAACCAGCGUCCCAUUUCAGGCUCUAACUCCUUCAAAACGACUUAAGGCCCAAAAGGACAGACCUGCGACUCCUCACGCAGGAUCAUGUGGGUUCAGACAUCCACAUUUGGGCAAAAUAAUUUCGAGAUAUUUGGAUGAUUCUCUACAAUAAGACAACCUUGAAGACCUGUGUUGGCAUAUUCACUUCUGAAAUGCAGACUUUUAAAAGGUAGAGAUUUUAAGAAGAAGCAGACAUUUUUAGAACUUGUCUUUCCCCGGAGCCACAUGAGAAGAUGGAUAGUUUCAACUGUGCGUCUAGGACAAGGUUAGCCUAUCUUAGCACAAAGACUGGAAGCAGGGAGAAACUGCUAGCCUAGUUCCAACAAAAACCGGGAAAAAUCCACCUUCCAACAACUGCAAAGUCUGUUUGAUUUACAUGUUGUAUCUUAUUAACAAGCUAGUCACCGAUCUAGGGCAGCAGCUAACGAUUAUUUUCAUCAUUGAUUAAACUGUGGAUGAUUUCAUGGAUGAAUGGAUCAGUAGUGUGGUCUCUAAAAUGUCAGAAAAUGGUGAAAAUUGUGGAACAGUGUUUCCCAAAAAGUCCAAUUUGACCUCAAAUGUCUCGUUUUGUCCACAACUCAAAGAUAUUCAGUUUCCGUCACAGAGGACAGGACAAGUAGUUGCCGAUUAAUUUAAUAGUUGACAACUAAUCGAUUCAUCUUUGCAGCUCUAGACCUAUCCAUCCAAGAGUUAGCAAAGUUUAGCAGACUAAAGCUAACCCUAAGCUAAUAAAAUAACUGGCCCCUUAUUGCUUUAUCUCAAACUUAACAAAACUGUUGCUUUCGACACAGCUAUCCUGAACUGACCGUUUUGAGAGAGAGACUACAAAAAAAAAUUUGUUUAAAUUAUUUUCAUUACCUAAAGAAAGUCUAUGAUGUGUUUGGACUAGCUUAGCACAAAAACUGGAAGCAGGAGGAACCCGCUAACCUGGUGCGUCAAAACAGAAAAUAAUCACCUUCCAACAACUCCCAAAUCUGUCAUGUCCAGGGCUUUAAAUUGACACCCAAACAUUUUAAAAGUUACUAGCCAUUUUGGCCCGUGAUGAAUGAAGCAAACAACUCUGCGUCUGCUUGAAUCAGCCGGCUGCAGAACUGUUGCCAGGUUGGUCUGUUUUCAGCCAAGAAAUUUCCUCAGACCUUCCUCCGCAGCGCUGUGGAGGAAGGUCUGGCAAAGCGAGACUAGGAAAAAACAAAACGUGGCUAGUGGCAAAUCUGACUGGCAGGUAACUUUAAAAACCUAGUAGCCAUGUUGGCUGGUGAUCAAAAAAGUUCAUUUAAAGCCCUGGUCACAUUUAUGUCCUUCAAUGCUUUUCUAAAAACAUCGUUAGCACCAAAACAUGUUAUGUAUACAAAGUAAUACCUUUCAACCAUUAAAUUGUUUGGGUAAAAACUUCAGUAUGAAUGCUCCUGUGCCAUAAAAAGAAAUCAUCACAACAUGUAGUAUUACAAUUUCCUCUUUAAUUUUCCAUUAAUAUCUAUAGUCAGAAAUACAAAAAUGUAUCCCCUCUUUUUACAUUAACUAUGACGACAACAUUAUAUCACAGUUAAGACAAUUUUCACUUCACAUUAGAAAUAAAAGUCUGUUUUAUGGCACUUAUAACAUUGGCGACCAUGAUUUUACUUCCUGUGGUUAUCUGUCAGAAGUUUAAAACAAAACCUGCCCAACAACAUCAAUCUAAACAGUAACAAGGUAUUUAUUAAACUACCGUACCACAAUAAUUACUUACAUCUUCUCAUGGUAUUUAUCUCCGUAAAGAAAUAUGUUUAAAAAAAAUACAAAAAUAAUAAGUGCAUGCAUACAUGUUAAAAGCUGGCGUCCUAACAUUAACAUCACGCCGCUUGUUCAACAUUUUAUAUUCAUUUAUGUAUUUAUGAACAUGUUUAUGCAACACAGAGGUUUAAAGCCCAGUUCAGACCAUAGAUUCUCAGUGAAAUUAAAUAAUUUUGGAUCGUUGCAGGAAAAGUUUCAGGCCAGUCUCGGACUAGUUUUGCACGACAAACUACUUUUGAACGUACACGUUCCACCAAAACAAGUUCCUUCCCGAGGCUAUUUCGCCUCGACGAUUGUGAUUGGUUUAAAGAAAUGCCAAUAAACCAGAGCACGUUUUUCUCCCAUCCAGGAAUGCUGUGUGGACUAGCCAGACCCUCCUCCACAGCGCUGUAGAGGAAGGUCUGGCAUUGAGAGACUAGAGAGAGACUGAAGAGAGGGAGCGGCUACGGCGAUAGAACAAAGCAGAGAAUCAGACAAAUAAAAUGUUUUCUCCGUUUCAUCUCUACUAGAAAUGCAGUUGUAGCGAGCAUCUCACUAUCACUCUCCUCAUUCAUAUUUUAAGACGCUACAAAUGAUAUAUCCAGCUACCCAAAAGCCUGAAAGUCUGAAGUUAGAACAGAAGUACAGAGUUGUUGCUAUGCAGAUGAUACACCGUCUUGUCUUAUUAAAGUUGCAGCUUUCAGAACUCUGCAGACCAGAGCGUUGCAAGUAGCUGCAAGUUUCAACAAUCUUUGGUCUGAACUGGGCUUUACAGAUAUUAUUGAAAUGUGUUCAAGGACUUCAGAAACUUGCUAAUGUUCCAAACACAAGACAAAUACGCUGACACAUUUUUGUAUAAAUGGCCGAAUUCUGAUGCUUGGAAUUAUUUUUAGACCCACUUUGAAAGCAUAUAGAAGUAUUUUAAUCAUAAAAAAAUACAGAUUUUUACAUGAACAGGCUUCUACAGGACGUCAACAUCGGGAUGUUCAAUACAAUGAUUUUACAAAAAUCUAGCAAAACGGUUUUGUGCAUUUAUUCAUUUCAUCACAGUUAAUCUCCCUUUUCUUCCAUAAUCAAGUGUGCAGCUUCUUUUUUCUGUUUUCCCGAAGGGAUAUUUAUUAGCAAACUGCAUUAUUUUGUGGCAUGAAGAAGCGGCAUUCGGGACUGAAACAUGAAUGAUGCUUUUCUCAGAGUUCAUGCUAACAUUAGCAUCGUGUGUCCUGGUCUUUAUUGGAUUUGGGGAAGUUUAUAACUGCGUGUGACUCAUGAGUUAGUCAUCAUGUUAAAAAUCUUUUCUCUUGUAAAAAAUAAUAAAGAAAUGUUUGUAAAUGUGAACAAUAAAGCAUUAAGCGGA